AUGGAUGGCCUGCUGUUUGCCUCAAGUGAGAGUGAUGCAUGCAUGCUGCCGGCUGAUUCGAUGUGUUCCAAGCCGUUUCGAGAGAUUUUUUGGUCGUCCAGUGACGAUGUGCAGCUUGAAGGUCCUGGAAACAAUCCGUUCGAGGAGUCAAGCAUGCUUGAUGAGAGAUUGCUUAAGGGCUCAUUAGAGGAGAUUACGAAUAGGAGAGAAAGCACAUGUGAGAUGAUAAAGAUGGCUGGAAGAGCACCGCUUCCAUCUGCUAUGAGUAAGAGGCAAGAAGUUGAUUUCUGGAACGACUUUGGAAAUGACGAGGUGAGUUCCCUGCCUACUCUUGGGUGUGGAAAGAGCGACAGCAUCCAAAGGAUAUCUGUUGAUGUUGCAAAGCAGGUCAUUGAGGGUGUGUAUGGUAUUGAGUAUCAGGUUAUUGAUUGCAGGUUCGCAUAUGAAUAUAAUGGAGGGCAUAUAAUGAAUGCAAUAAACAUAAGCUCAUCACGAGAGGUUGCCCCGUUGCUGAGAAGCCCAAAGGUGUUGAUUUUCCAUUGCGAGUUUUCCUCAAUAAGAGCGCCAAGGCUUGCACAGUGUCUUAGAAACAUGGACCGGAUGAGGAAUCCAUAUCCACAUUUGAGUGUUCCAGAGAUAUAUGUGAUGGAAGGAGGAUACAAGAAGUUUUACAGAAAGUAUCCUGAGAUGUGCAGCCCGCAGGGAUAUGUUGCCAUGAAUGAUCGAACGCACAGGAGCUUGUGUAAAAAAGAUAAAUUUAGAGUAAAUAAAAGAUGCUAG